AAUAAGGGAUAUCCAAAUCCUGAAAUGCGUGGUGAAGCUUUGUAGCUUUGAAACAAAUCACAGCCUCAAGUAUUUCUUCAGGAAUUAGAACUGAGACCCUCUUUCUAUCUCCCUGAUUCGGAGCUGCUCUCAGAAGCAAAGCAAUCGAAUCCAAGGAAUUCAGAAAUGACAGUAGCACCUUCGCUUUCUCGCCUCCACUCCCCAUUUCUGUAUUGUCCUCUCAAGCCGACUUCUUCUGCCUCUCUAUCCCUUACAUUCUCCAGAAAUCAACGAUCGCCAGCAUCAUAUCCACGCAUCAGAGCUAUAGAUCUUGACCAAAAUACGGUGGUGGCACUUUCAGUGGGGCUAGCGAGUUUGGCAGUUGGAAUAGGCAUUCCGGUCUUCUAUGAAACCCAAAUUGAUAAUGCUGCAAAGCGUGAAAAUACUCAGCCCUGCUUUCCCUGCACUGGUUCGGGAGCACAGAGAUGCAGAUUUUGCAUGGGAACUGGCAAUGUGACCGUAGAACUUGGUGGAGAUGAAAAGGAAGUCUCCCGAUGUAUUAACUGUGAUGGUGUUGGCACAUUGACAUGCACUACAUGUCAGGGCUCAGGAAUUCAACCUCGAUACCUAGAUCGCAGAGAAUUUAAAGAUGAUGAUUGAAGCCCAGCAGAACCAAAUCCAGCAACAUCCGCUGAUUUUGCUUUCAGUUUGAUGGCUUUAAACUUGUUAGUUCCAUUGAAUCGAAGAGCUUGGUAACUUCCACCAAGCACUUCUUUUUGGUAACUGUUCGCGUGCAUUCUUCUAAUGUAGAUCUGUGGUUAAUAAUACAAACAACGUUGUAUGAAGAGAGAAGAAAUAACUGUACUAUCCCGAGUUUAUGACUUCAUUCCUCUA